AUGAUGGCGGACCGUGACUUGGAUCACCUGCCCAUUACGGACAUUGCGGACAGGGACAAUGCACUGAAAAGGCAGGUUGUCAUUCAAGUGACCAGUGAGGGACAAGAUAAUCGUUCUGUUUCUCCAUAUUUCCGAAAAGAUCAGAAUGAAGGACUGCAACAAGAAUGUGGGUCUGAGCAGCCCUCAAAGUCCUUUAGAAGUGCAAUGCCACCAGGACAAAAACAUAUAUUUAUGACAACCCCGCCCAAGUCAAAUAACCAACCUUUCCCUUUAGGACAUUCCUCUAUCAAAGUACAAACUACUAAACAAAUGGCACCCCCAUCGAAAACACCUUCUCCGAACUCAGUAGGUGGGACAACACGAAGUGUGUCCCCAGCUACCAGGAAUAUAUCGCCAGCACAAGUUCAGAUUGUUACAAAUCACAAUAACCCACCAGCUACUGAAGGAAUUCUGCAGAGUAGCAAUUUUCUUCAGGUGAAACAAACACAGUCACCAGCACUCAUACAAGCAUUGCUGCAAAAUCGUGCUCCUUCUCCAAAUCAAAGACUUUCUCCAGCCCUUAUAAGCAGGAACCAGGAGGGAUUCCAACAAAAGAUUGUUGUUACUCCCUCUGUAUCCCCCAACAGAGUUGUCAGUGCCACAGAACCUGCACAUGAUGGCUCAUCUACCAUUUUCAUCACCACUGAUGGGAAUCAAAUAAUCAAUCAAUCGGCAGCCCAAUCGCAGAUAACAUCGAUUCCAAUUGUUGCCAACCACCCUUCAACUCAGUUAUUUUACAUGAAGAAAUCUCCAAAUGUAUCUCAGCUCUCAUCACAGCUUAAAGUGCAACCAUUGCAGGGAAUGCAGAUCAAACAAGACCAACUUAUUUUAAAUUCAAUUAUUGUUGACAAAUCACAGACUGCAUCUGACAAAGGCAUUGUUUCAAUCCAAGGUACUCCAUCACUUCUUUUGUCAGUUCCAAAAGCCAAUGAACCUGAACAAACUCUUGUAGGCAAUGAAGCUGGACUACGAUCAUCUGUUUAUAGCCCAGUCAUGGUUACAACACAAUCUACUGGACCUUCAAUACCUCCAGCACUCCUAGAUCAAUUAACUCAAGCCAGAGAGAAUAUAACAUUUACAAAUAUAACAACUGCAGUUUCAAUGCCAGGUGCUUCAGCUGUGACCCAGGCCCCAAUUCUAGCAAAACGCCUUGCUGCCCCGGCCACCAGCAGUAUUACUUUCUCUGGUCAGUUGCCCUCCGGAUUAAGACCUCAUCUUGUUAUUCCCUCAACCAAUGCUAACUUGCUGUCCACGGGGUUAGGUUCUGCACCUAAUGUUCAGCUCAUCCCAACAUCUUCAGCUAGUUUUGCUAAUCCAUCACAAUUGAAUAUUUUAUCAGUUCCAAAUAGUCAACUUCCAUCAUUAACCCUAACUGAAAACACAUCUCUCUUACAGCAGGUGACAACAGCUCAACCAACUUCUGUCAGCACACAGCAAAGGAACCCAAUUGUAGUUUCCAACGUUGCUGUGAACAUCCAACCAGCUAUGGUUACGUCCAACCCACAGUUGGUGCCGUCCAUUACAGAACGCUUGCCAGUUGCUAGUUGUAGCACUUCAAACUCUGGGAACACGAGUCUGUUAACUUCACAUCCGACUCUAACUGAGAGGUUGACAAUGACUACUAACCCCUCGCAAGCAAAGAUAUCCCAACAGCUGAGUGCUGCCACAAAUUGUGAAAAUACUGUUACCUAUUCUGCUGUUGUUGCUUCUACUCCCCAACUCAUCUCAGCACCCGUCCGAACUGUGCGCAGUGAAUUUUCUGAUCUCUCAACUGCCAAAUGUAUCACAACUCAAGCAGUUGCACCAAAUCCUAGUGGCACUAAUUCGCAAUAUUUAAAGAUCAUUACACCAAAUGUUGGAUUAACUCAGAAUCAGUCAGGGCAAGUUCGGAAACUUGUUUUUACUGACCAUCCUGAAAAAUCAAUUCCGCAGUCUUUAAAGACAGGAUUCCAGUCAAACCAAGCAGCAAUGCUAGUUAAUCCAGACAAUAGGGGACAACAUGGUUUUACACCUGUUAAAGGUGACCUCCAACCUCAAUAUGUUUCAAUGAAACCUCUUUCCUUUGAAGUGGCAUCAGACUCUAUUAGAUUAAUUGAAGUACAGGGGCAGCCACUAAAGACUACUAGUAUCAUGACUUCAACUUCAGCAUUAACACCAUCAACAACAGCAUCAACAACAUCAUCAAUUUCUAAUCCUGUCACAAGUUCAAAUGUGAAUUCAUUAGCAAAUCCUCUUGUGACUGCCAAAACUGAGACUGUAAAUGCACUGGAAUAUCCUAAAUUCUCCAAUGCUGUAUUAAUGCCGACUUUAGUGGAGAAGAUAAACCAGGUGCCUAUAACAACUGAAUCUUCUGUUCAAAGGAUAGUACAAUCAGAGAUGCUGCAAAGAGCAAAACAGGCUCGGUCUGAAACCAUUGCUCGAGAUUUGGAUACUUCAUUCCCAUUCCCAAAGGUUGUUCCAAAGGAAUCCAAACUUGAGCCAACAAAGAAUGCUAAAACUGCUAAUAAAAAUGAUGAAGUGAAUCCAUUUUUUGCACAGUUGCGUGCAUCUGCUGCUUCAUCUUCAUUUUCAUCAUCAUUGUCAACAGUUGGAGCAUUACCUUAUAAGACAUUUCAACACAACUCUUCUACUGCUUUCCAUGGCCAAGCCAGUCAACUGAGAAGAGCUGUACAUAGUGGUAGCAGUAGCUUUGGUAGUUUUUCAAAUAUUGAUGCUGCUGCUACAAACAGUCAAACCGGUGCCUAUUCUAUGUUUUUAGAUUCAGACAGAUUGAGUCCAAGUCCGCCAGGCUUUCUCUCAGACAUUGAUCAGCCCAGGAUUGGCACAAGUUCUGAGAAACAAAACCCUUGGGAUAAAGCUCCCACAGACAAAGACCAAUCUGUCAGUAACGACGCUGUAAAAGAGGAUGAGAAUGAAACUAAGGGAACAAGUGCCUUGAAAGAUGAUGCACUUUCUAACAAUGUUAAUGAAAAAGAACCAAUUCCACAGCCUUUCAGCAUGCGGCUGCAAACGUUAAACAACUUUCCUGGAAACCAUGGAUGUAAGUCAACAUUCCGAUGCCAUCCUACAGCUAUAAAUAAAGCAAAAGUGGCUUGCAUUACCAGUACAACAAAGUCUUUGGAUCUCAUUCGGCAAAAUUUACAAAAAUUCAUCAACAAGGAAAUUGACCAAGUAAUUCAGGAAUACAUCAAGAAGUUUUUCAAACCUGGAAUCGAAAACAUUCGUUUCAACAAUGGAUCUAAUGCUGUGAGUGAUGAGCAUAUGCAUUCUGUUUGUCAAAAAAUCCUAGAAGAGGCUAAGAAGAUGUACUCAACAGAAAAACGAAGCAUUACACCAUUGCGAGAUAUUGCUGAUAAUGCUUCAGAUUCAGGCAGUACCAGUGGCAAACGGAAUACUAAUCGGAAAAGACGAAUGUCAGAGACAGAUUUAGAUGUCGGUCUUCCAGUACAAAAACGACGAAAGAAAGGCCGACCUCCUCUUCAUGCUUCUGGACGAGUCACUCCAUCAAAGACCAUUAAACAAAAUGAACCUGUAAAAAGGGAAGGACCAAAUUGGGAUCCUGAACGUUUGAUUCCAGAAACUUUAUUUGUGAUGGGAGCCAGAGCUAAUAAAGCUCUUGGGUUUGGUGCUACUCGAGGUCGGCUGUACAUAAAACAUCCAGAAUUAUUUAAGUAUUCUGGUGAUCAAGAUGACAAGCAGUGGUUAUUUGACCAUCAUCACAUGCCGGCAAUUGGUGGGAAGGCUUAUAUUUUAUUAUAUAAUGACAUUCAGAGUUUGGCUAAUACUGAGGAAUAUCGAGACAACCCUAAUGUGAUCCUGGAUGAAUUGGUUUAUUUCACAGUUCCUGAUUGGAUGAUGCAAAAAAUGAAAGCCUUAAUGCAAACGAUGCGCACAGAUAUUCCUAAAAUAAAAAAUCCAACUGUCAGCCAUGCACAACAUUCCAAUGCUACAAACUCCACAUUACCUACAGAAGCUCUUUCAGUCACAGAGCAGAGCAAUACAAGUUUAGCAUUGUCAUCAAAACUUCCAUUCUCCACAAUAUAUGAUGAUAAACCUGAUAGUCAGGUCUCCCCAGCAAACAGUGAAGUAUUUGAAAUGCUCUCCGUAGAGAAUAAUGCCCAAGCAACGGACAUCUCUCCAUUUGUGGGAGGAACCUUGGACGAAGAAGGCCCAUCUCCAUCCAUAUCAGACCUUGAUGGUCUUGAUGAAGACACAACUCCCAUAUCAACUCCUUUUCAACUUACAGCUUCUGACCCAAACAGCUGA